AUGGAGCAGGUCGACUGCUACCUAAGAGCGAACCUGAUCAUGGGCGACAGCCUGAUUCUGGCGUGCAACGUCUCCCCAUACGGGCUGGGCGCCGUCCUGGGGCACCAACUCCCGGACGGGAGGGGGGUUCCAGUAGCCUAUUAUUCAAGGACCCUGACCCCUGCUGAGCGCAACUACGCCCAGAUUGACAAAGAGGCCUUAGCAAUCGUGGAGGGUGUGCAUAAAUUUAACGACUACCUGUACGAUAAACCCAGAAGGAUGGAACAGAAGAAGGAAAAUGUCUCCUUUCUCAUGACCAAGAUCAAGUGUCCCGCAGCCCCCAAUACCCCAGGGUAUUCGUCAUCGUACAAGCCAGAAGUGUACGCCUCAGCCAAAACACCACACAGCAAAGGACCACACAGUAAAGGUCCACACAGCAAAGGACCGCAAGCCUCAAAGUCGUAUGUCCCGGGACCACAGGCUCCCGAAUCCUAUGCCCCAGAUCUUUAUGAACCAAAAUCAUACACCCCGGCUGUGCCAAAAUCGUAUAGCUCAGAUCCAUACGCACCAAAAUCAUAUGACUCAGAUCCAUUUGCAGUAAAACCAUCUGCACCGGAUCACAUCGAAUUCACAGACGAUGGCUGUUCCUAUACUAUAGAAGUCUAUGAAGGAGAGUGUCCGGCUCCUCCCCCCUAUGAAGCAGUCUCCAGCAACAAAAUGGGAACAGGCUGUUGCGCGGUGAGCCAGCCACCGGUCGUGGUUGCCGGGAUCUUCUCCAGCGAACCCGCCUCGACCAUCUGUCCCUGCUGCCGCCAGAUCAUCACCACCGAGGUCGUCUUCCGUGUGGGGUCGCUGACGUAUGCUUUCUGCACUUGCUUGUGCUUGGUGGGCUGUUGCCUGGGUUGCUGCCUGGCUCCCUUCGCCUGCAAAUGCUGCAAGGACGUGGACCAUUACUGCCCUUGCUGCCGCUACCACAUCUACCGCUACAAGAGACUAUAGAGCCCUCGG